UGGUUAACGAGUAUGCUUGAGGACGAAGUGAAUCCAAAAUACUCUCUACAACUUUAACGUCACUUCCUGGUAAACAAUGGCACCUGUCUUGUCAUCGGUGAAGCAAUUAGUGAAUGAAAACACUGCUAAGGACUUUAUGACAGCAUCAGAAAUAUUGCUUAAGUUUGCAAACAAUGUAUUACAACACCCGUCAGAGCAGAAGUAUCGUCGUAUCAGGUUAGGUAACCCCACUGUUGAAAACAAGCUUCUUCCAGUAAGUGGAGCCAUGGAAUGUCUGUUUGAAAUGGGAUUUUCCGAGGAUGGGGAGUAUUUAAGCUUGCCUAAAUCAGCCUCGCUGAGUACUUUAUCACAAAUCAAAACACAACUAGAGAAUGAACGAGGGAUCGUGCAGAAGUCUUCCAUGCCCACUACACCAAGUACCUCUGGACCUCAAGCUGGUGCUUCCACCGGAGCUCAAGCAUCUGGCGGACAAGUCCCAUCAACAGCUACCCUUGCAAGCAGUCUUACAAAUUUGUCUGAACUUGUAGGAAAAGAACAGGACUUUUACAGGAAGCUGGAAGCUCAGCUUCAGCAUGUACUUGUGUAUGAAGACCGAAGACAGCAGCAAAAAGCAAGGGAGGUAAUUCCAAUUGCUCAACUUGAGAAAGAAGCAAAAACUAAGCUUGAACAGCUGAGUCAGUGUGAGAACUCUGGAGACGAUCAAACAAAUUCUAGUCCAAAGUUAGAUAUGCAGGACUGUUUGGUGCUAGCUUUACUUAAUUGGUUCAAGAACUCUUUCUUUAAAUGGGUUGAUGCACCAGCUUGUCGAGGGUGUGGAGGAAAACCUGUAUUACAAGGGAAUAUAGCGCCGACACCAGAAGAAUUAAGAUUUGGAGGGAACCGGGUGGAAAAUUAUAAAUGUCCAUCUUGUCAGACCUUUACAAAAUUUGUACGCUACAAUGACCCAGGGAAGCUUUUGGAAACAAGAGAGGGACGAUGUGGCGAGUGGGCAAACUGUUUCACCCUUUGUUGUAGGGCGAUGAAUUUUGAAGCUCGUUACGUCUUGGAUUGGACGGAUCACGUGUGGACGGAGGUGUAUUCGAAUUCUCAGCAGCGUUGGGUGCACUGUGAUCCGUGUGAAAAUACAUGUGAUAAGCCGUUGCUGUAUGAGGUAGGGUGGGGUAAAAAGUUAACUUACAUUAUUGCAUUUUCCGUUGAUGAUGUUGAGGAUGUAACAUGGAGGUAUACCUCAAAUUUUGAUGAAAUCCUAAAGAGAAGGAAUGAAUGCAGGGAAAACUGGUUGGUGAAAACUUUGUACAAUCUUGAUAAAAAGAAAUGGAGUUCAAUGCCGGAGGCAAAGCGUAAUAUUAGACUGAAAAGGAAGAUUGUGGAACUUGUUGAGUUUAUGACACCAAAGGCUGCUGAUGGACAGAAUUUGUCAGGUCGCACAACAGGAUCGUUAGCUUGGAGGUUGGCUAGAGGAGAACUUGGCACUCAGCCAGCUCAAACAGCAGAACCAUAUGUAUUCAAGCUGACUGAAAAAGAAAAAUCAAGUAGAAAGUUUCAUCUGACCUAUUCCUCUGCCAAAGAUGAGUAUGUCAGGUUGUCAAAUGAUGGUGAAAAAUCUUCGGGCUACCAGUCCAUGGUAAACAAGUCAGAAAAUAUAUUCCGGAAGGUGGAAGCAGACUGGAAAAUGGCAUACCUUGCACGUAAUGAGGGCACAGACAAGGCCGAAAUUGUCUGGAAAUUUGACUUUACUGAGAGUAGUCUGAAGGUAGACAGUUUGGAAGUGAAGAUUGACUGUGCCACUUAUGAGAACGGUAAAAUCAACUGGAUCAUCUGUUCCGAUGAGACAUGUGCUAUGCUGAAAGGUGGCCCAGCAUUGCAGACUGUGAAUGAACUCAAUGGCCAGACUGGUUUUACACUUACUGCUUCACUUUCUGGUGGGCAGGGCAAUGUUGCCUGGCAACAUACACAGCUAUUCAGACAAUCAAGUGAGGAUACCGUUAUGUGUCCAUUUGAAAUCCUAAUCAAGUUCAAAUAGACACUGCUGAUAAAUUAACAACCAAGCAUUAUAGACACUGUUAUGUAUAUUUUUUGAUAAUUUUUAAGUUGUCAGAAGGAUAGGAUUAUUAUAAUAGUGAGCUGGGUCUUUAGUGAAUUUUGCCAGGUUGGGAUCAUAUGAAGCAGGCAACAACUGAGUAUGAUCCUGCCUUGUUAAAUCCACAGAGCCAAACACAUCUAAGCUAUUAUUAACUUUUCAUUAUAUCCAUUUGCUUAUAUUUUGUUUUUAUCAGAACCAAAAGGAUUAUAAAGUCUUGAAGUAAAAGACACAACCUUGGGCCUCGGCGAAAAAUUACAAAGUAUCUUUAACUCUUACAACUCUAUGCAAAACACUGGUUUGGAUAAAAUCAUCAAAUUUGGGUUUGCUUUCAAAUUCUUUAAGGUAUUACAGCAUAUAUAGUCAGAUGCAUUGGCGUGGUAAUAGGCUUUGUGAGUAAAGCAUUGACUGAUAAGUGUAUGUUAUAGAUCGUUUAUGGGACCUUCUUAACAGAUAAUAAGUAUGCAACAACAUUUUCUGUGUUAUGCAUUGUAUUGUACACAUCAAUACUGUUGUCUAUGAUUAAAUAUGGACCAAAAACCUCACCAGAAAAAAUGUACUGAAUUUGGUAAAAAUAAAUAUGGACCACAGUUACACCACAGGAUUGAGCUUGGAUCAUACAGUCUUGUAAAAAUAUUGAUAUUUAUUAUAUUUUCUGUAAAUAAAGUUUUUUCCCCCGUUUGUCAAAACUAUGACCUUAAACAAAAGGUUAAUGUCAUAUUUACUGUUCUUUGGUUCCUACCAUUUAGUGAAAAAAGUAAGUUUGAUAUAGUACAACAAUUGUCGACUUUUGAGCCAUUUGAUAUCAUGUGAUAUCCACAGGAAGAAAGCAUUAUUGACUGUUGCUUAAAUAUCACAUCAUAUCCAAUUUCUCAAGAGUCAGAAACUCUGUACUGGUUAAUCGCAUAUUUAUUGUGGGUAGGGAUUUUUUUUUUCAGUUUUCAGUAAUUUCUGGUCAGCCUAUAACACAAAGAAAUUGUUUUAUUGUUCUAUAUUGUAUUAUGUUAUAUUUCAUGUACAUGACUAUUGUAGACUUAAUUCAACUAUGUUGUGAUGAUGUCAUUUUUGUUUUGAUACAAAUAUGGUACUUGAUUUUCUGUUCCUUCAGCAAAUAUUCAUAAAAUACACUGCAUAUUGAUUAACCCUUACCAUGCUGGAUUUCCUUAAUGAACUUGUCCAUCUUUCAAUUUGGACAGUACCAUUAGCUGUUAACAGGGGUGCUUACCAAAUAGAUACUGACUGAAUGGCAAACAGUGCAGAUCAUGAUCAGCCUGCAAAGGCAGAAUCAAUCGUGUCCUGCAUGAUGAAGGUUAAGUUACAAGAUUUACAUGUACAUACAUGUAUUUUUGGUCAUCCAAACAGUACUACGAAAAACAGAAAGAUUGACAGUGGCGUAGUGACAGGAGAACUUUCUAUUUGCCAUAGAUCAAGUAAAAGAACAGGAGGGAAGUUUAUGUAAUUUUAACUUCAAGUUUUGACACAAGUCUAGCUAAAUUUUUUGUUGAAUUUGUGCACAUUCCAGUAAAAAGCACAAAGUAUUGACGAGUGAUAUGUAUAAGGAGUUAUGUAAUCAGAGUAUUUAGAUGUACACAUUAUAAAACAAUUGUUAAACCGAAUUUUGCCAAUCAAAACAAUAUGAAUUUACACAAGCAACUAGGACAGUUCAUGGCAGAAGUUUAUUCUGUUUUAUAGGAAUUUACCUGUAACACUUGUACUGAGCAUAUACUGUACAAGCAGAAAUUUUCGCAAGGGUUUAAAUUUCGCUAUAUUCGCAAGGCCCUACAUAUCGUGAAAAUUAAUCCUCACAUAAUUAUUUACCAUUAAUAUUAUUUAAAUUAAGUAUGAUACCAGUUUUACAAUUUCGCAAAUUUUAAACCUAACGAACAUACUCAAAAUUUCAAAUGUGCCAAAUUUGAUUCAGCGAAAAUACAUGCUUUUACAGUAUUUUGCGUCUAAAUCUCAACCUGCCUUAUAUCGGAUCUGCUAUUUAUUAAAAAAAAUAUAUGACUGUUGCACUGUCUUUAAUCUGUUGCCUCAGUGCAAUUGUACUACAUGUGUUUUGUGUCUAUUAUAAGCAGUUACAACAGUUUUGCGUUGACAGUUUUUUCCGUUCUUUCCAAAACUUGUAAUUUUUGCUGAUUUUUUUUUAUUCUUUGCCAAUUAUAUAUUGUAAAAUUUG